GGCACGACGAGCGUCUGCCCGAGAUCUGCAGCUGUCGCAGGCCGCCAUGUUGACAUCACUCUGUUUGCCCAUCUUGAUUCCCUUACUGAUGGUGGUUCCAGCAGCCAAGGCAUUCACACGCCUGCCUUACGUCAGCAGCACGAUACCACUGCGACGGUCCUCUGUCAGCAGACUCGCCAGCAGCACCCUCUCCACCCCGCCACCGAUCCCACUGGAUGAAGCGGAUGGUGGUGACGAUGCCCAUCUGAGGGUGUCAGAUCAGCAUGAAACAAGCGCGAAGACGGCAACAGCGUCGACGGCUGAUGACGAUGAAGCACAGCCGUCUUACCUGGCCAGUGUGUGGGAGUACAUGCAGACCAUGAGCCCGCUGCUGCUGAGGGCGAAUGCGUCAGCACUGCAAGAGGCGCAGCGGAUGGCUAGGGAUGAGAGCUCGGACAAGGGGGCCAGGAGGAGGGCGCAGCUGGUCGUGUCAGCUAACUGUCACUCGCAGACCGGCCUGCCCCUCCCACUGCUGUUCCGUCUGUGCACGUUUGUGCCUGUCAACAUCCCCACUGUGGCCGGCAUGGUCCUCUCACCACCAACCCGCUUCAACACCAUCUUCUGGCAAUGGGUCAACCAGGUGAGGAGAGAGCACACACACACACCGACACAUGGACACACAACACACCUGUCCGGGCCGGGCCGCUGUCGUGUGUGUGCGUCGAUGUUUGUCCGUCUCGAUCAGACGUACAAUGCGCUGUUCAACUUCUGCAACGCCAACAAGAGCAGCAGGCCGGCGGUCGCCGUGGUCAUCCUGGGUUACCUCGCCGCCGUCACGUCAGCCGUGUCCAUCGCCCUCUACUUCCGCAUCGUCUUUGCCCGCGUCCUGCCCCUCCCGCCAAUCAUACGGGGCGCCUUGGUGCCCUUCAUAUCGGUCGCAAGCGCCAACAUCGCCAAUGUGCUUCUGAUGAGGGUCACGGAGCUGCUGAAAGGGAUUGCUGUGACUACUGAAGAUGGAGUGGUGCUCGGGAGGUCAAAGCGGGCGGCGAGGAGGGCCCUGCUGCAAGUGUGCAUCUCGCGGGUGAUGCUGCCGCUGCCGGUGGUGGUGGUGCCGACGGUCUUCCGAGUGCUCUUUCGUUUCCUCCCUGCCGCCCUGCGGACACAGCAAUUCUUCCCCUUUGUGUACGAGAUGGCGUCGUGCAUUGCCGCUUUAUGGGCCGCCCUGCCCUUCGCCCUUGCGCUGUUUCCUGAGAAAGGCAGGAUGUCUGUCGCGUCGCUGGAGAGCGAACUUCAGGCGGCAUACGCCAAUGAGAGGGGGAGGGGAGGGGGAGGGAGUGGGAGUGGGAGUGUGGUGUAUGACAAGGGCCUGUAGACAGACAGACAGACAUUGGUGGAUGGCAUGAAUGGGAGGUUGCAUACUUUCCUGUAGAUGGAUGCGAUGCGAUGCGUGUGUGGCUCUAGGCAGCUGGCAAUCGCAUUCAUUGCUCUGGGCUGCUUGAGUUGAGCCACGGCUGGUGUCCCUGCUCAGAUGGAUGCCAUGCAUCGCAUCCACAAACGCCUCUGAGAGGGUGGGUAACUGUACAGCGGUGGGACAGACAGACAGGAGGGAAAGCAGCAUGGGUGUUCGAUGUGCUGCGAUACAUGUCGUCUUGGUUCGUUCGGCUGGUUCUGUCCGCAGGGCACGAAUGCGGUGUCGUCAUCGGUGGACGACGAUCGACGAGACCGCAUUCGAGCCAUCGAGCGAAAACCAACCAACGGACGAGCGGAUGUAGAGAGAGAGAUUUGAGAAGAAAAGGCAAAAGGGGUGGGGUGAAUAGUGAUUGAUGCACCAGUCAGUGGUGUCGGCUGGACAUCCACAUACUAUGAUACCGCGUGUUUCAAGAGAGGUAGGAAGGUAGGUAGGUUGGUGAAUUAGCUCAUGUGUAAUAUCGACAAAUUGUGUGCACGUGUGAACUAACGCGAUUGAUUGAAUUGAGGACAGACAGAGACACCAAGUCAGUCAGCCAGCGUCCAAGCUCCAUAUCACACACGCGUACAUAGCG